CACACAACAUAACUCGUGGCGAAGUUUGACCGUGUGUUGUAGAUAAAGACGAAACCCGCAUAGAGACUUACCAAACAGGUCUUCUGUAACGACAUUGUAGGGAAUUUCUCUUGUUAGUUUUCUUACUUUUCAGCAGUUUGUGUCGAAUCGUGACACCAUCUGAAGAUAAAUCUAGCAACAACAAAUCAGUAUAGAUUAAAAUAGUAUUCUUUUUGACAGAACAAUUAAACAGAUUAAACUCUUCCUCGCAGAAUAUUCCUGCUAUCUGUCUACUCUCGUUCAUCCAAGCUAUGCGUCUCUUCCCAUACAAUUCUCGGUCUUACCAACCAAUUACCAAGUUUAACUAAAAUUCUGUUGGUUCCAACGAUUACGGUGUUGCUUUGAAAAAUUACAGGCAUAUUUGUUAAAAUGUAGUUGACAGAACAGAAAUUCAAUAGAAACAUUAUAGGAUUUAUUAAAAAAGUGAAACGAUCGAUUUGUAAAGAUAAGUUCGAAAAGGACCAACAAUGUCUACGAGUAUAUUAUCGAGUUUUUCGGAAGCUUUAAAUGUAUCUGAGGCCGCAGUCCGUCUUCUUAUCUCCAUUUCACUUGGAUUACCCAUCGCCCUUCUUCACAGGUAUACGCUGUAUGGAAAAUAUCCAGUUUAUCAGCAUUUAUAUUUCACAAGUUGCGGGCUUUUGACCUGCUACUGGAAUUAUGGGUUUAAUACGAUUCAUUCAGCAGCAGCAUUAUGCUUGACAUAUUUUGUCAUGAAAUUUCUUGGCGGUACUUCCCCGUGCGUUUUCAUCACGUUCGUCGUCAAUAUGACCUAUCUUUUAUACGGAUAUUACACAACUAGUACAUCCGAUUACGAUAUAAAAUGGACUAUGCCCCAGUGCGUGUUAACUCUGCGGUUAAUUGGUCUUGCAUUCAAUUUAUUGGACGGCAAAAGCCCCGAAGAAAAAUUGUCUGGUUCGCAAAAACAAGUGGCUUUGAAAACGCAACCAACAUUUCUGGAGGUUGCAGCAUUUACAUAUUUUCCAGGGUCAUUUCUAGUCGGACCACAAUUUAGUAUGAAAAGGUACCUAGACUACGUAAAUGGACGACUUAUGGGCGACAAUUUUAACAAAGACACUGUUCAUUUACCGGAUUGUGUAAUUCCUGGUAUUUAUCGAAUGUGUAUGGGAUUGGUAUACAUCGUUCUUUUCCAAUUAGGAUCCAUGUUCAUCACGGAUCAGUAUUUGCUAAGUUCAGAAUUCCAGGAACACACUUUCUUAAAACGACUUCUUUUCAUUGGAAUUUGGGGUCAAAUAAGUCUUUAUAAAUAUAUUUGUUGCUGGUUACUCACCGAAGGGGUCUGCAUAAUCUUUGGUAUAACGUAUAAUGGAAAAGAUGAGAAAGGUCGAACUCUAUGGAAUGGUUGUGAAAAUAUAAAGUUGUCAACUUUUGAAACAGCAAGUCGAUUUAAUCAUUAUAUCAUGUCAUUUAAUAUAAACACCAAUAAUUGGUGCGCAGAGUACAUUUACAAGAGGAUGAAAUUUUUGGGACAUAAAUUGUAUAGUCAGUUUGCCACGUUGCUUUUUCUCGCAGUAUGGCAUGGAUUACAUUCGGGAUAUUACAUAUGUUUCUUUCUCGAGUUUAUUAUAAUGUAUGCAGAGAAAGAUUUGACUGAAAUAUUGGGGAAGCAGGAGAAAUUACAAGGCUUAUUAAAAGCUCAUCCCGAGCUUCGAAUUUUGUUUUGGAUAGUUACAAAAAUCUACACGUUUACUUUUAUGGGCUACUGUCUUGUCUCUUUCGUUUUGUUAUCAUAUCCUCGUUACCACCAUGUUUAUUCUUCGGUUUACUACUGCGGUCAUGUAAUAUAUAUAUGUUAUCCAAUUAUUUCUAUAUUAGUCAAGAAAUUCCUUCUUAAAAAGUCUUCGAACAAAUUGAAAUCGACGCACAAAUUUGUAAGAUAAUGAUAUUUUUUACUCUAUUGUUUUGUGGUUGCGAAUAAAGAAAUUUUCUUGCGUGGAAAGUAAAUAAAUUGUCAAAUAUUGUUAAAUAUAUAUAUUGUUAUAUUGUUAUAUAUAUAUUUAAGUAAUAAAUAUAUAUAUAAAUUAUAGACCUGUUACAGUAGUGCUCACUUAAGUUAUCAUAAUGAUUAGUUAUCAGAAUUCAAUGGAGAUAAGCAAAGAGGAUAAGUGAGAUACAAUAGUUGGCCAUCCGAAACCGUAUACGAUGUAUCAAUAGUCAAAUUACGCUUGACAAUUGGCGGGGAUAACCGUGGACAAAUAAGUGGGUAAAAAUGUGGUCACUUAUGUGGGCACUACUGUAUUUGACUACCCGUUUUCACCCAAAGGACCUUAUCUGGGCAAUAAUUUAUAAUAAACACAUAUAGCACAUGAAUGAAACCAAUAUUUCUGAGUCCUGGCUAAUGUUUAAUUACUAUAAAUAAUAAUCAGUGCAAAAAUGUAGCUAUUUAUCUAGACGAUCUCGCGUUAUGCGUAGGGAGAAGACAUGCCAUGUGGCGGAAGUGAUAGAUAUGUAACUUACAUAAUUUUGCUACCAUAUGUAGAAGUGAUCGAUAACAUAUAGUUUAAAAUUACUGUCGUUUAAAAAUAAACAGAUUUAACAGAAAUGUUACACGAUUAAACGAUCAGAAUAUACUCGCAGGGCAAUCGAACGUUUAUUUACACAUAUUUUGUUUGACCUAACCUUCAAUUUCUCGAACAAUUAUUGAUAUAAUAAGUUCAUGCUGCAGAGUAAAAUCUCACAAUCAAAUAGGUAUUUUUUAACAAAUUCACGAAUAUUCAGGUUAAUGAGUUUUUUGUACAGACAACCGCCACGAUCGAAAUUUUUACGAUGUUCAGUAACUGACUAUCGAAACUUGCUACUAAUAGUAAUAAUCGUUUAAAAAAUAAUUAAAUAAUGUUUAUACGAGAGACAUUAGUUAACAAAUAAGGCUAUUAACUCACCUGAAACGAAACACAGAUAUAUUUCGCUUCUAAAUCUUGUAUCGAAAUCACCGUACGUUUCUUAGAAAAAUUUUCGCCAAGAAUUUUUGGUGUUGAAACACAUUGUAUAAAAUAUUGAUUAAUGUAAUAACUUGUGCAUGUAUGUAUUUAAUAACGAAAUGAAAAUUUCGAAAGAAAUGCAAGUUCUUGUUCUCUUUUUCAUCUUA